CUAGCUUAAUUGCCUGGUACUAGUAGUUUGGGGGUCGUUUCGGUGUCCCGAAGUCGGCUUCUGCUGGGCAGUCUGUCCGUCUCUAUUAGGCAACCCAACAUGGCAGGGAGUAUAUCUAGGAACAACGUGCGGGGAAGCCGUCAAAACUACGAAUACAAUAAUUUAUUGGACAACCUCCAACAUUGUUAACUUACACAGACAAAACAAAUACUCAAGAGCGACUUUGUGCUACACACAACCGCAGCAGCGUCUACCUAAACACCAUGACCUCCAAGUUUGUCGCAAAACGCAGAUGUCUAGGUGACGGGUGUGACAAUGAAUGUAGUACGCUGCAAUGUCCCACCUGUCUCAAACUAGAGAUUAGAGGAAGCUUCUUCUGCUCACAAGAUUGUUUUCAGCGUAGCUGGAAAAUACACAAAGCCAUCCACCGCGCAAAGCAAACUAUUCUGUACAACCCCUUUCCAUCAUUCAACUUCACCGGCUCGCUCCGACCCGUCUACCCACUAUCCGAGCGUCGCGCAGUCCCCAACACCAUUCAACAUCCAGAUUACUGGCAAGGUGGCAUUCCACAAAGUGCACAGUCUUUCUAUGAUCGGAGAGCCAAAUUCACCGUCCUAGAUAAGGCAGGUCAGGAUGCCAUGCGGAAGGUGUGUCGACUCGCUCGCGAAGUCCUAGACAUUGCAGCAGCUGCCAUCAAGCCUGGGGUGACAACGGAUUACAUUGAUGAGAUUGUGCACAAGGCCUGUAUAGAGCGUGAUUCCUACCCCUCCCCACUAAAUUACAACUUCUUCCCCAAAUCUGUCUGCACCUCCCUCAACGAAGUCAUCUGCCACGGUAUCCCCGACCAGCGUGUCCUGGUGGACGGUGACAUCCUCAAUAUCGACGUCACGCUUUACCACGGCGGGUACCACGGCGAUCUUAAUGAGACGUACUACGUCGGGGACAAGGCGAAGGCGGAUCCCGAUUCUGUCCGGGUUGUCGAAACAGCGCGGGAGUGUCUGGACCUGGCGAUUGAGCUUGUCAAGCCUGGGGCGUUGUUCCGGGCUUAUGGGGAUGUGAUUGAAGAGCAUGCGCAGAAGAGAGAUUGCAGUGUGAUUCGAUCGUUUUGUGGACACGGUAUCAACACAGUGUUUCAUUGUUUGCCAAGUGUGCCGCAUUACGCUGGAAAUAAGGCCGUCGGAGCAGCGAAGGAGGGGAUGUGCUUUACUAUUGAGCCGAUGGUGGCACUGGGAACGUAUAGAGAUAUGAUCUGGCCGGAUAAUUGGACGGCGGUGACGAUGGAUGGGAAGAGGACAGCGCAGUUUGAGCAUACGCUCCUAGUAACAGCAGACGGAGUUGAGGUUCUGACAGCCAGACUACCAACUUCUCCAGGCGGACCUGUUCCAUACCCAGUUGCAGAGUGACAACCAGCAAAUAGUAUAUAGUAUCAACCCCAUAGAUAGCAAUACAAUACAAUCACCCUAUCCCCCC